AUGAACGGCGAAGACCCGCCCGAGCGGCCCGAAUACGUGUCCAACAUCAUCAACGGCCUCGAGCGCUACAACCCCGAAGCUGUCGGGUCUCUCGAGACGUACCUCCAGGAGCAAUGUGAGCAGAAGUACUGCGACUCCAACGCCAACAGGACACUUCUCAAGCUGUACCAGCUCAACCCCGACCGCCUCAAGGAUGAGGUGGUGACCAACAUCCUGGUCAAGUCCAUGACUCAGUUCCCGUCGGCCCAGUUCCCCCUGGCACUACACCUGAUCAACCCGUCGGCGGCCAACAGCGGUGAGCUGAACGAGGCGCUCACCAAGCUGCGCACGCUUAACUCACAGCUCGAGGGCGCGCAGUACGCUCAAUUCUGGGAGACGCUGGACGGCGAUGACCUGUGCGCCGACCUCAUCGCCGAUAUUGUCGGCUUCGAGGACGUGAUCCGCCACCGCAUCGCCCUCCUGGUGUCCCAGGCCUUCCGGGAGAUCAAGCUCAGCCACCUCGAGGUGUGGCUCGGCCUCAGCUCCGAAGCUGCCACCAAGUUCAUCACCGACGUGGCCGGCUGGUCCAUCGACGCCGCCGACGGCACUGUCAAGAUCCCCUCCAACCCGGAGAACGAGGCCAAGAAGACGGAGAUCCGCGAGGACGUCAGCCUCGACCAGUUUGCCAGGAUCAUUCGUCGGUCGUGGGAGGAUGUCGUCUCGGCAUGA